AUGAGCUCCAACAACAGCUCGUCGGCAGGGGCGUGGCCGCCUGACCUACGGUCCAAGAGGGGGGGGAAGCUGCGCAACGGCACAUUCGUCAUCCCUAGCACCGGCGAACGCUCCAGGCGCCAAUUCACCCUCCGAACGUCAGACACCAUCGCACAGGGCAGCGGCGGCAGGAGGCUGGAGCGACGAUCGUCAAUGGGACAGGCCACCGACGGCCUUCGCUGGUCAGCUCAAGUCGCAAAGACCAAGGCACAGUCCGUCUGGCAAUGGGUCAAGUCGCGCGACGGUCAUCAGGUCCUCAAGUGUACGCUGGCGUACCUCCUGGGCAGCUCUGCUACCUUCUGGCCCGCUCUCUCCGACUUCCUGGGUCAUCGAGACGGCAAGCACAUCGUUGCUACCUUGACGGUUUACUUCCACCCCGCGCGCACCGUGGGAUCCAUGCUCGAGGCCGUGUUUAUAGCCCUGAUAGCCGUGGCGUACGCUGAAAUCGUCUGUGUCUUGUCCAUGGUGGCAGGGAUUGCCUCAAGAACCAGCACUGGCUCUGUCGUCCCAGCACAUGCAGUCGUGUUGAUCGUCUUUGUCGGGGGAGGUUUAGGGUUUGUUGGCUGGGUUAAACAGAGACUGGACCAGCCUCUCGUCAACGUAGCCUCUACCCUUGCGUCCAUGGCAAUCAUCACCGUUAUUACCAAGGAGGAGUCAGUUCAGGACGGCUUCUUCUCCGGAGAUAAGAUUGUCCAGGUGAUCAAGAUGCUGUGUGUGGGCAUCAUAUUCUCCGUGGCCGUCAACUUGUUAGUUUGGCGUUUGUCGGCCCGGCGAGUCUUGCGCGAGGCCUUUGUCACUGCAUCGGUUUGCAUGGGUGAUAGACUGUCCUUCAUCACGAGGGGCUUCUUGAACGGGACUGAGGAUGAAAUCAACUCGGCAGUAUACGCUCAGGUGCGAAGCAAAUACGCUUCAACUUAUGCGGAAAUGUCCAAGAGCCUGCGAGAAGCCAAAUUAGAGCAUUGUCUUGUGGGUCGAGAGGAAAUUUACAAGUUAGACAAGCGCCUCUUCAAAGCUUUGGAGUCCGUAUAUCAGACCAUUGGUGGUUUGCGAAGCUCGCUGUCAACUCAAAUCGCCCUUUUGAACGAAGCGCCAGUACUCCCGCAAGAACCUGGUGUAUUGCCUCCCGAGGCCUCCAUCUUGUCACCAAGAUUCCGACGAAGUUCUUCGCUCAUACUCGGCGGUACCGGCGACUCCUUGUCUGUAAUUGAAGAAGAUGACGAGGAUCAGAGGCUGACACUGCUUGCGCAAUCGGAACCUACCCUCCUCAGCUCGUCUCUUUUCCGAACCCCUUCUGACAUAUUUUCGCUGUUCAUAACUAUGCUUGGCCCUUCCCUCAAGUCGCUAGCCUACACGCUCUCUGAAACGCUUCGGGAGUCGCCCUUUGGAGAUGACCCGGUGACAGAAGUUAAAGUCAACGACCAGCUUCGCGAGAGUCUACGAGACGCCAUAGACCUGUUCAACCGUGCGAAAAGUCGCGCGCUGAAGGAGCUUUACGAGACAAUCCAGCUCCAGCGCUCGUGUUCCGAAGCGACUCGGGCCGAUAUCGAAGAAGUCGCCGCAGCGUGCGGCCACUUCUCCUUCAGCCUCCAGGCAGUAGCAGAUGAAAUGGAUUCUUACCUGGACAUACUCGAAGAGCUCCAGCACGUCACUCAAUCACACACCCGCAGCUGGGAGUGGCUCAAAUUCUGGAAAAAAACGCCACAGGCGACCCUCUCCAACGACCCAGAGUGUGAAGCUCUUCUCCAGAGGAGAAAGACGACUGUUCGGGGAUUGAAGGCAUCCGCAGUACCCAAGGGCAUCCCCGAUUCUAUGAGAAAACGGCGAGACUCUUACCACUGGGAUGCAGCGCCAAGCGCAAGCACUUUCCAGCGCAAACUAUCACAGAAGGUUCUGGGCGUGAUGCGAUUUCUUGCCCGUGAAGACCUCCUGUUCGGUAUCAAGGUCGGCAUCGGCGCUGUGCUCUGGGCGCAGUUCGCCUUCAUCCCUGCCACAAGACCCAUGUACCAGCACUGGCGAGGUGAAUGGGGUCUGCUGUCGUACAUGAUCGUGGUGGGAAUGACGACUGGCGCGUCUAACACGACGUCUACAGCUCGUCUCGUCGGCACCCUCAUCGGCGCGGCAUGUGCCUGCGUGUCAUGGCUAGCCAGCCAAGGCAAUGCAUACGUCCUCGCUCUGUGCGGGUGGCUGAUGGCGCUCUGGAACUUCUACAUGAUUCUGGUUAUCAAGAACGGCCCUUCAGGCCGCAUCGCUCUGCUGGCGUACAACGUCAUUGUCCUGUACGCGUACAGCUUAUCGCAAGACGUGGACGACGACGACGACGACGAAGGCGGCACUGACCCGCUCAUCUUCGACAUUGCCUACCACAGAGUCGUGGCCGUGGUGCUAGGCAUCAUCUGGGGCAUGAUUGUCUGCAGGCUGUUGUGGCCCAUCUCCGGCCGCAAGAAGUUCAAGGAGGGCCUGUCGGUGCUGUAUCUCCAGCUGGGGUUGAUUUGGAAACGCGGGCCGCUGAGCAUUCUCCUCGAAAGCAACAACACGCAGGACUACAUGAAGGAGGGGGAGCAGGGGGCGCUCCAGCGAUACGCGUGCGUAGCGUUCAGGCUGGAAACCCUGCGCGGCUCGGCAAAGUCCGAAUUCGAGCUGCGCGGGCCCUUCCCCGACGCGGCGUACGCCCGCAUCAUGCACUCCACCAAACACAUCCUCGAUGCCUUUUACGCGAUGCGGCUCCUCACGCAGCGCCACGAGACCGUGUCCCCGGGCGAGCGUGCCCUGCUCGUCUUCACCGCCGACGAGCGCGUCCGGCUGUGCCAGCGCAUCUGCCACGUGCUGCAGGUCCUUGCUUCGUGCGUCAUGCUCGAGUACCCGCUUACUGAUGCCAUUCCGACAAUCGACUCCACAAAGGACCAGCUACUGGGUAAGAUUUACCAGUUCCGCAAACAUCACAUGCGCAGUCGGGCGCGGGACGAUGACGCGGCCGGCGAGGAGGAAGACGGCGUGUCGGUUGAGGAAAAGGACUACGCGCUGCUCUAUGCGUACAUGCUCGUGACGGCGCAGGUGGCAGAUGAGCUGAAGAAGGUGAGGGGUGAGAUUGAGGGUUUGUUUGGCGUCUUGGGCCAAGAUGAGCUGUUGUUGGAGUAG